GACUCCGCGCGGGUAAAGGGGCCGCCUGGAACGCUCUCCGAUCGUUCUGCGGUCACUAGCCUCCUAGCCUUCGGGACUCGCCGCCAGCACCUCCCCCACUCUCCGCCGUUACCCGGGAAACCGGCCGCGAUCGCCCGCCGACCCGAAGCUGGUUUCAUGGCAGCACCGAAGAAAGCAGUUUUGGGGCCAUUGGUAGGGGCAGUGGACCAGGGCACCAGCUCAACGCGCUUUUUGGUUUUCAAUUCAAAAACAGCUGAACUACUUAGUCACCAUCAAGUGGAAAUCAAACAAGAGUUUCCAAAAGAAGGAUGGGUGGAACAAGACCCUAAGGAAAUUCUGCAGUCUGUCUAUGAGUGUAUAGAGAAAACCUGUGAGAAACUUGGACAGCUCAAUAUUGAUAUUUCCAACAUAAAAGCUAUUGGUGUCAGUAACCAGAGAGAAACCACUGUAGUCUGGGACAAGUUAACUGGAGAGCCUCUCUACAAUGCCAUAGCCGCUCCAGUUUCUCCUGGCCCUUCAGAUCCAGUUGCCGUUGCUCCCUCUGGCUCUUCAGUUCCAGCUGCUGGCACUUCCUCAGUGUGGCUCGAUCUAAGAACCCAGUCUACCGUUGAGAAUCUUAGUAAAAGAAUUCCGGGAAAUAAUAACUUUGUCAAGUCCAAGACAGGCCUUCCACUUAGCACUUACUUCAGUGCGGUGAAACUUCGUUGGCUCCUUGACAACGUGGAAAAAGUUCAAAAGGCUGUUAGAGAAGAUAGAGCUCUUUUUGGGACCAUUGAUUCAUGGCUUAUUUGGAGUUUGACAGGAGGAGCCAAUGGAGGUGUUCACUGUACAGAUGUAACAAAUGCGAGCAGGACGAUGCUUUUCAACAUUCAUUCUUUGGAAUGGGAUAAAGACCUCUGCCAAUUUUUUGGUAUUCCAAAGAAAAUUCUUCCAAAUGUCCGGAGUUCUUCUGAGAUCUAUGGCCUAAUGAAAAUCUCUCAUAGCCUGAAAGCUGGGGCCUUGGAAGGUGUGCCAAUAUCUGGGUGUUUGGGGGACCAGUCUGCUGCAUUGGUGGGACAAAUGUGCUUCCGGGAUGGACAAGCCAAAAACACGUAUGGAACAGGAUGCUUCUUACUAUGUAAUACAGGCCGUAAGUGUGUAUUUUCUGAUCAUGGCCUUCUGACCACAGUGGCUUACAAACUCGGCAGAGACAAACCGGUAUAUUAUGCGUUGGAAGGUUCUGUAGCUAUAGCUGGUGCUGUUAUUCGCUGGCUAAGAGACAAUCUUGGAAUUAUAUCGAGCUCAGACGAGAUUGAAAAACUUGCUAAAGAAGUAGGGACUUCCUAUGGCUGCUAUUUCGUCCCAGCAUUUUCAGGGCUAUAUGCACCUUACUGGGAUCCCAGUGCAAGAGGGAUCAUCUGUGGGCUGACUCAGUUUACCAAUAAAUGCCAUAUUGCUUUUGCUGCAUUAGAAGCUGUUUGUUUCCAAACCCGAGAGAUUUUGGAUGCCAUGAAUCGUGACUGUGGAAUUCCACUCAGUCAUCUGCAGGUAGACGGAGGAAUGACCAACAACAAAAUUCUUAUGCAGCUACAAGCAGACAUUCUGUAUAUCCCAGUAGUGAAGCCCUCAAUGCCUGAAACAACUGCCCUGGGAGCCGCCAUGGCAGCAGGGGCUGCAGAAGGAGUUGGUGUUUGGAGUCUCGAACCCGAGGAUUUGUCAGCUGUCACAAUGGAGCGGUUUGAACCCCAGAUCAACGCUGAAGAAAGUGAAAUUCGUUUUUCUACCUGGAAGAAAGCUGUGAUGAAGUCAAUGGGUUGGGUUACAACUCAGUCUUCGGAAAGUGGUGAUCCUAGUAUCUUCUGUAGUCUACCCUUGGGCUUUUUUAUAGUGAGUAGCAUGGUAAUGUUAAUCGGAGCAAGGUACAUCUCAGGUAUCCCAUAAAUAAUACCAACUCAUGGAGUCCAACAAUGCGAGCUCUUUACCUAAUGAGAGAAUCCAGCGAUUCUGUCUCUUAAUGUGAUGACACUAUUCAUAGACUGAUUUUAUUUAUAAGCCACUUGCUGCAUGACCCUCCAAGUAGACCUGUGGCUUGAAAUAAAGAAAACGCAGCAGAACGAAUGCUAUAGAAACAUUUGGUGUGUUUUUUAAAAAAUCAGCCGUUAAGAUUGGACCAGCCACCUUUGGAGUUGACCCGUCCUUUGCCAUCACUUCCUGCCCCAUUCCCUCUAAGAUCUAGGAAGAAUUCAGAUCCUGUCCACUGGCAUCAUUCCUUAAACAUAGUCAAAUGCUGAUGGGCCAUGAUUUGAUUCUCUGUGCUAUACACACUCGAUUAAGGGGUUAUUACUAACCAGCUAAAAAUGAGCGACUUUGUGUUUCCUUUUAGCAGAACCCUUCUAAAGUCCUUUUUUCUGCCUAUUAGAGAGACCACAGCAUCUUGACCAAAUGUUUAAAUGGAAACCUCUACUAAAUUCUUAAAGUGGAAAUUUAGUACUCUCAUAGCUUAGCUAUUUUUCUGAAAAGUAUUUGCCAAAACUGAGAUUCUUCAGACAUUUUACAUGGUCUUACUAAUUGCACUGAAUUGCUGUCUGGAUCUUAAAAGGAAGGACACUUUUCCCCUUUUUUUCAUCUCUCCUUUUUAUAUUUUUUACUUUAUAUGUACAACAUAAAUGCCUAUAUAUUUUAUAUGCUGAGGGUAACCCAUUUAUAAAUUAAGAGUUCAUUUUACAUGGUCUCACUAAUCACACUGAAUUUCUGUCUGGAUCUUACAGGGAAAAACACUUUUUUUUUGCCUUUGCAUCUCUUUUUUAUAUUUCUUACUUUGUAUGUAUUACAUACAUGCCUAUAUAUUUUAUAUACUGAGGGUAGCCCAUUUAUAAAUUAAGAGCACAUUGUAUUCACUAGGUUAUUAUGGGGCUGGUCUUAAGUGGACCUUUAUGUGUAUAAAAUAUUUUGGGGAAAACAGCUAUAUACAUUUUUGGGCAACGGUUAAGCAUAUUAUUUACCAGGAGAAACUUUCUUAAAGAGCCAACAUUUAAAAUUUAACGUAUAUGUUCUAUGUCAAUAAAAGAAAAUAUACUUUAUUGUGACUUCAACUAUAUUUCUUAUACCUUACAUUUUUAUUUGUUUUAGCUGGAUAUAUGCUAAAAAAAACAACAAAAGACUGUGUAAUACUACAGUAAAUAAUUGUUUUCAAAUGCAAGUACUGAUCCAUAUAAAGUUAGUUUCCUUUGACAUAAUUUAAACAUAUUUGGGAUCUUUUUAAGGGGGUAUGAAAAAAGGUUAAAAUGUUAAGUUGGAAAAAAGGAAACCCUUAGCAAUAAAGCCAAGAAUCUCUUUCCAUCCAAAUAUGUUAUUAGUUGCUAAUAAGCAAUUAUAAUUUCUAUUUGGGAUGACAGAGAAUUACCUCUGCUUACUGUCAUUACAACUUAAAAAAGGUUUACUACAGUAGAAAUGGCUUCCAGUGAAAUCAAGAAUUUCUCAAAAUAUUUAGUGUUACAUGUUAUAAAACCUAAUCUAGCUUCUUAAUGUCGAUUUUAAAAGUAUCUUAAGAUUAAUUUCUGUUUACUACAAAUAAGAAAAUACUGCCUCCUAAUUAUUUUCUUCAAUCUGAUUAAAAUGGAAAAAUAUUUAUAUGUUAAUAUAAAAAGUUUUGUUUGGAAUUACUGGUAACUAGCAUUUGCGGUUCUCAUUGUGCUGUUUCUAAAUCGUUGAAUCUGCUGGGUUUUAUUGAUGCAGCUGCCACUUUAGUGACAUAAAUAUUAUAGAAAGGUACUGUGAAAUUACUACUUUGUGGCAGGGUAUUUUUAAACAUAAUUAUGUUUCUACAAAGGUAGGUUGAGUUCAUUGUAAAUAAUUGUGAAAAUCACUGUUCAAAUAAUUUUAAGAUUACAUUGAUUUUUCUGGAAAUUGCAAUAUUUAUAAAUGUUUGAAAUUGUACACACUGAUAUUUCAUGAUAAAUAAAUUGACCCCUCAUUCUUA